GCUUCCUCUCUCUUUUCUCUUGUUCACCUUGCAUUCCUCUUGUGUCGCUAACCCAUCACUCGCUUCUGGGUUUUGUUCGCCAUCAUCUACAUUAUCUACUACUUUUAAUACACACACACCACAAGUCGCGUACAUCUCUUCAUCCUCCGCCUUCGACUCUCAGCUACAUCAUCCAAGAUGCGUACCUCGACCGCCCUUGCCAUCGUCCUCUCCGCGACCGCCAGCCUCGUUGCUGCGCAGCAAAAGUGCGAUGCUCAGAACAUCGUAGACACAUGCGUGUCCGGCUACCAAGCCCGCAUCGAAGCCUGCCAAAAGAAGGGAAACGACUUCAUCUGCCUCUGCGACGUCUACCGCGACGUGCUCGUCUGCUACAACAAUUGCCCCAACAGCAACGAGCGCUCGCCCGUAGAAAACACCGUUACCUCUUACUGCGGCGCUGCUGAGCCCCUGCGCGCGGCAGCCUCUUCUUCCAUGGCAUCAGUUGCUAGUGUCGCGGCUACCCAGAGCCAUGCUAGUCCUGCCUCGACUUCAUCGCCUACGGGAUCUUCGUCGUCCGGUGGAAAGACUACGGGAACUGCGACAGACGGUGAGGAGGCAAAGCCUACGGCUACGAGCUUUGCGGGAGCUGCGGCUGUAAAUGGUGUCAAGGCUGGUGCGGCGAUUGUUGCCGUUGUUGCCGGACUCUUGUAGAUGCGGGGAUUGUGUGGGUGUAAGUGUGGUAGUUGUGUGAUGAGAUAAUAUCUAAUGGGGUUUGCAAACCA